AUUUAGAUAUAGAAGUACCAUGGCCAGUCCCAUAUCCCGAUAACAAAAAACAUCGUGUAAUAUGGCAAAAUGGAAUUCAGACUGCAAAAGAUAUGUUCAAGGUAGAUGGAGCUGAAUAUGCUUUCUCAACCUGGUUUACAAAAGCUAAAGAGAUCGAUUUGGCCAGUGUAAUAUUAGGAGAAGAAAGUGAAGAUGAAGCUAUACAGGAGGUAUUUUUACAAUGUCUAUAUCGGAAUUAUUCAGAAGAAGAAAUCAAUGAAAUUAUAAAAUUGGCAAAAGAUGCAUAUAGGGCAAAAGAUAAAGGAAGUAAAAACUGGUUGACAUAUGUGGAAGAUCAAAUAGAAUCAAAAAAAUUCGAAGCUGGAAUGACCGAAAGGCGAGCCCGAGAAAUUUUAAAUGUGAUUGAUAAUGGUGAGUUCUUAAUAAGAGUAAAAUUCAUUCGAGAUGACUCUAUAUAUGAUGAAGAAUGGAAGUAUAGUUUUAGAGUCAUUGACAAAUAUGAGCCUAUUCGUGAAUCAAAAAAGGCAGGUGGAAAAUAUGUCGGGGGUGGUCCAAACGUUAUACUUACAAAGAAAACGAAACCAGGAUUUUGGGUAGGAAUAGACGAAAAAUUUCUAGUUAGAGAAGUCAGUGAGCAAUCUGAGGUAGGAAGACUUGAUAGCAAUGCAGUAGUUUAUGGAUUAUAUCGAAUCCGAAAGCCAGAUGUUAAUCAAUUAAUGCCUAUGAAAGAUGGAGCACUUAACUGUGUAGCUGAACGAGUAAUAGAGCAUUUUGAUCAAGCCAAAAGAGGACAUGGACCAGCUUCGGGAUCGAUUUCUGGCUGUACCAUUGGAGAUGGAUCAUGCUGA